AUGUCUUGCUACGACCUGUGCUCCACUGCUGUUGGUGGCAUCAACCGCCCCCAGCCCCUCGCUGACAGUGGGAAUGAACCAUGUGUCCGUCAGUGCCCUGACUCCACGACUGUGAUCCAGCCACCCCCAGUUGUCGUCACCUUCCCCGGCCCCAUCCUCAGCUCCUUCCCCCAGGAUUCGGUUGUGGGAUCCUCUGGAGCACCCGUCCUUGGGGGCUAUGGGGGCUCCCUUGGCUACGGGGGUUAUAGCUCCUUGGGCUAUGGGGGUCUGUAUGGCUAUGGGGGCUAUGACUCCCUGGGUUAUGGGGGUCUGUAUGGGUAUAGGGGCUCCUCCCUGCCCUAUAGGGGUCUGUAUGGCUAUGGGGGCUCCCUGGGUUACAGGGGUCUGUAUGGCUAUGGCAGAUCCUAUGGUUCUAGCUCUUGCAGCCCUUACUCCUACCGGUACAGCAGGUACAGCCGUGGCAGCUGCGGGCCCUGCUAA